AUGGGCGCCGGCGCGUCGAGCGGCCCCGUGGUGCCGCCGAGCGCGCGCAUCGAGCGCACGCACGCGCGCCAGGUCUACGACUCCCGGGGCAACCCCACGGUGGAGGUGGAGGUCACCGUGGCGACGGGCGCCAUGUUCAGCGCCAUCGUCCCCAGCGGCGCGUCGACGGGCAUCUACGAGGCCUGCGAGCUGCGCGACGGCGGCAAGGCCUUCAUGGGCAAGGGCGUGCUCACGGCCGUCAAGAACGUCGUCGACGUGCUCGGCCCGCUCGUCAAGGGCAUGGACUGCACGGACCAGAAGGCGCUCGACGAGGCGAUGAUCGCCGCCGACGGCACGCCGAACAAGUCGAAGCUCGGCGCCAACGCGAUCCUCGGCGUGUCGCUCGCCGCGGCCAAGGCCGGCGCCGCGGCCCGGGGCCUGCCGCUCUACGAGCACUUUGCGGAGCUCGCGGGCAACACGAACAAGAUCUUCACGCUGCCCAUGCCCUGCUUCAACGUCAUCAACGGCGGCUCCCACGCGGGCAACAAGCUCGCCUUCCAGGAGUACUUCGUCAUCCCCACGGGCGCGGCGUCGAUGGCCGACGGUUUACAGAUCGCGACGGAGGUCUACCACAACCUGAAGAAGAUCAUCAAGAAGAAGUUCGGCGGCGACGCGACCCUCAUCGGCGACGAGGGCGGCUUCGCGCCGCCCUGCGACGCGCGCGGCGGCGUCGAGCUCGUCAUGGAGGCCGUCAAGGCCGCGGGCUACGAGGGCAAGUGCACCGUCGGCAUGGACGUCGCGGCGUCCGAGUUCAAGGUCGAGGGCCAGGACUGCUACGACCUGGGCAUGUGGUACCCCGAGGCCGAGCGGGGCGACCCGAAGCUGAAGAUGACGUCGAAGGAGCUCGCGGCGUUCUACGCGGAGCUCCGCAAGGACUUCCCCAUCGUCACCAUCGAGGACCCCUUCGACCAGGACGACUGGGACGGCUGGACGGAGAUGACGGCGGCGACGCCCGAGGCCGAGUGCCAGAUCGUCGGCGACGACCUGACGGUGACGAACGUCGCGCGCAUCAAGACGGCCGUCGAGAAGAAGGCGUGCAACUGCCUCCUGCUCAAGGUGAACCAGAUCGGCUCCGUCACGGAGUCCAUCGACGCCGUGCGCCUCGCCAAGUCUUCCGGCUGGGGCAUCAUGUGCAGCCACCGCUCGGGGGAGACGGAGGACACGUCCAUCGCGGACCUGGCCGUGGGCCUCUCGUGCGGCCAGAUCAAGACGGGCGCGCCGUGCCGGUCGGACCGCACGGCCAAGUACAACCAGCUCCUGCGCAUCGAGGAGCGCCUCGGC